GAAAAUUAUAAUUUAACCAAAAUUAAAAAGUUAAAAAGAAAAAAGAAAAGAAGAGUUAAGAAGAAAUAGAUAUCUUCAUUUAAAAUGGCUGACGUUGAAACUAAGACUGCUACUGAAGAAUAAGUUAAGGUAGAACAAAAGACUACCCAAGAAGGUGAACACACUGAAGAAUAGAAGGAAGCUCCCGUUUAAAAGAAGUACCCUUCCAGAUGGGAUCUUAUCGAUUAGAUUAAAGCUUCUGAAAACAAUGUUGUCGUUCUUAACAUCUAUAAGGUUCAUCCCGAAGCUACCUGGAAGGACGUUAAGGAAACUUAUAAGGAGUUCAACAUGAACAUUUCUAAGGUCGUUAAGAAAGAAGGUAUGUUCAACUUAACCUUCAAAAACCACGCUGAUGCUAUUAGCUUCAUCAAGGCUCCUAUCAGACCUAUCUUAGACAAGAAAUUCUUCAUCAGAAUUAAUGAUCACGCUCAUCACCAAACCCACGAAGGAUGGAACUAAUUAGGUGCUAGCGGUCACACUGAAAAGCACGAAACAUAAAAGUACUUCAAGAGCAAGGCCAAAAAGAAUUUCAACAAAAGAACAUCUGAAGAAGGAGAAAAUGCUGAAAAUCACACUGAAGAAAAGACCGAAAAUGCCACCACCGAAAAACCCACCGAAGAAGCUACUGAAACCCAACACACCCAACCUAGAACUAGAAAGAUCUCUAAUGAAGCUAAUAGACCCAAGCCUACUGGUGAAAAUAAGAGAUUUAUUGGUGAAGCUAACAAGCCUUAAAUCACUAACAGCAAGAAGGCUGCUGAAAACAAAACCGAAGUUAAGGCUGAAGAAAAGAAGACUGAAGAAGAUUGGAACACCGUCAAGGACCACCAAAAGGAAAAGAAGGCUGUUGAAGAUGCCAAAAAGAAAGCUGAAAAGGUCAAGAAGGAAAAGGAAGCUGAAAAGAAAGUAUUAGAAACCAAGAAGGUUGAAGAAGUCAAGCAAUCUGCUGCUAAGAAGGUUAAUACUGAUCUUUCUGAUGGCUGGUGA